AUGACAACUCACCUCUAUAUUCUUGUACUUUUUGCCCGUUUCUUAUGGGCAACUAGUAAUGUGCCGUCGCCAGUUGGUGGAACCUGUAACUGUCCGAUGGUUCCAACUGAUUUCAUUCAACGAGCUUGUGCUUUAAACUGGAUUUCCCAAGCUCAAGUUGUCUCAUCGAAGACUGUUGGUCAAAGCAAGACGUACACUUUGAAACAUUUACACGUUUUUAAGGGAGACAAGUCCCUUCCCACCCAAUUGCUUGUCGAAAAUACGGGAACCGACAAAAGUUGUACUCUUUCACUCGCCAACAAGGGAACUUAUCUAUUGGGUGGAUUACUUUCAAACGGAACCCAGCCUCAACUCACCACUUCAAGUUGUCUCUCUCUCGCUGGACUCUCGCCUGUUUGGAGCAAAGUUCCUGCCGCAGAAAAGAAACAGCUCAACUCGUUGAAAUGCCCUUCGGUUCCACCGAAA